CGUGACGCAGCACGGCAACAGCGGGAUUGUUUGAAAACAGGAAACCACAAACAAGACUUCGAGCGUCUGCGUGCUGUUAUUGUAAGUUUCGCCCUUAUUAAAACGGACGUUUUAAUGUAAAUUACAUACGCGCUGUGUUUGGAACAUGAUGUAGUGUACGCGGAACUUUGCCUUCGGCUGCUGAAGGAAAGUCAACAAUAGUGGCUAAAGCUAGCAGAGUUAGCUCGCGGCGACGCUUUUGUUUUGAAGGUCUACUAUUGCACGAUUGAGGGCGGAAGUGCACGUCUAAAGUCACAAUGUCGUACACGGACAUCCCUCGUAUGCUGGCACUGGAGGAGGAGGUGAGGAGUUUGUCAGAGGACUUGAUGCAAUGUCAGGCCGAUAAAGACUUUGUGUGGUCCCUGUGGAAACGUCUACAAGUGGCCAAUCCAGACUUGACCCAGGCUGUGAGUUUGGUGGUUGAGCGUGAGAAGUACAAAGCGGAGAUGAAGGACAGGAAAGUACUGGAGAUCCUCCAAACCAAGGACUACGAGAUACAAGAUCUGAAGGAGCAAGUGUCAGGGCAGCAGCAAAAGAUCAACAAGCUGCUCCAGAGUCGGACAGUCACGGACGACGAGGGUUCUUUAAUGAAGAGCGAGCUGGAAGCUGCGCGUCAACAGCUGCUCGGCAAGAGCACGGAACUUGAGGAAUGGAAGACGCAGUGUAGGAGGAGAGAGGAGGCGGCGCAGCAAGUGGUCCGGGCUCUCGAGGAGGAGAAAGAGGGAUUAACGUCCCGCUGUGUCGCCCUGCAAGCUGACCUGGAAGAGAGAGAGAGGCAGGCCAGUGACCACCGUGACCAGAGGGAGGCUGCCCAGGCCAGAGUCAAGGAUUUGGAGGAAGAGUUGGGACGAGCCCUGCUGGAGGUAUCCAGGUUGCAGAACAAGAGUAGCUCUUUGGCAGCCUGCAUAACUAUCAAAGAACAGGAGGUGGCAACAAAAGAGGAUCAGCGCCAUAAACUUGGCUGCGACUUGGCAGAAGUGCAGACGUUGUACAAACGGAGCACGGAGCAUGCGGCGGCACAAAGCCAUCUGAUCAAGCAACUGGAGGGACUCAACCUGGACACGCAGAGAGUGCUGAGGAACCAGGAAGAGGUGCAUACUGCUGACAACACCUCCUGUCAGAGGCUGUACAGCGAGCUGAGUCAGUGCAACCAGACCCUCAUGUCGAGCGAGGCCAAGCUGCGCCAGAGCCACCAGGAGCUGAGCAGCCAGCUGGCUCAGAAAGAGCAGCAGCUACUACAACUGCAGGCCCAGCUGCAACAACAACAACAACAAAAACAGCAGCAGGAGGAGCAAUUUCCAUCGCGACCACCGGCCCAGCAGACCGCAAUUUGUGCCUCAACCCAAAGACAAACCAACUUGAAAGCAGCGGUACCUGAGCAGGCCCUCGCCGCAUCCCGGAGGCGUAAUUGUGAGUUGCCAGAGGACAAGGCCCUGCAUUGCACCUCUCCUGCCAGAAGGCAGCAGGGUGCACCUGUGCAGCGAUCCCGGUCUCUGUCCCCGGCCAGCAGUGCCGAGUUUGAUCGCGGGAGAAGACAAGGUGCACAACAAAGGAUGGAAGACCUUGAGGAGUUGCUCCAAUUGAAGAUGGAAGAGAACGACGAACUGAGGAAGGCUCAUGAUAGGCGACGCGAAAGACUGUGUGUGGUUCAGAAAAACUACAAAGCCGUUAAUGACCAGCUGAAGCAGUCGCAAAGAGCAGAUGACGUGCCUCGUGGAAGGAUGCCACGGGCCGAGCCAUGGCAGCUCAGACAAGAGGACAGUGAUGCCGUGUGGAACGAACUCACCUACUUUAAAAACCUCACAAGGAAGCUCACCCUGGAAAGGGCCGACCUAGACGAGGAGCUGGACAUGCUGCGGGUCCAGUCUGCAAUGGACCGGGCCACUGUGAAGGAAUUCCACCUGCGUCUCACUGAAGAACACCAGGAGCUGCUCGGCAAAGUGGUGGAGGAGCGCCGGGUCAAAAGAAGCACUCCGAAAAAGCCCUCCGUUUCUUCGGAGCGAUUGGAAGAGUCCUUCAAAAAGAUCCAGCAGCUGGAGAAAAGGAUGAUGUCCCUUGAGGGGGAGACGGAGCGGCUGAGGGAAGAGAAACAGCAGCUCCUUGAGGCCAAUGAAGACUUGGCCCACGACUGCCGCAGACUCCAAGCCUCGCGGGAUCACCUGCAAGACCUCAACUCCCAGGCCCUGGCCCAGUGGGAACGGCAUCGCGGCGAGAUCGUGGCUCUGGAAGCCCGGCUGGCCGCCUCUCGAAAAGAGUCCUCCGAGCUCCGUCGUCAGCUGCUGAAGCUGAGGCAGGAGUUGGGCAUUCUCCGUGCGGCCCGCGACUUCUACAGGAACCGAACGGCGGGAGCCUCGCGAGCCGGCGGGAUCGCCGGCGGUAUUAGCGGCAAAGCUAAGUUGAAAACAAUUAAGCUCAGGGGUUCCAGCCGCCGAAUUGUCAUCCCCAAUCAAGCCAUCAGCUGGCGAGGCCGCAGCCCGAGUCCCUCUAAGGACGAGUGGGAGGACAUGAGCGGCGAGAGUGAAGAAUACUCGGACAGCCUCAACGGCGCGCCCUCAGGGACGAUGCAUCACAGACGACACGAGAGAAAGUUCGACAGGUGUCAGCCGGCUGCAGACGCGCAGGUGUCGGCGGCGUGGAGCAGGAAGCAUGCUGAUGUCGGGGAUCAAGACAACAAAUGGCAAGAGCGCUGGGAACGUGGGACGAGAGGCGAGAAGAGGAGGAAGUGGAUUCUAAUUAAGGCCCAUCAUGGUGCCGCCGCCGCCUCCUCGUCCUCCCUGCAGCAGCAGCAGCGCGUCGAGUCCCUGCAGCGGCACAUCCACGUACUGCGCCGUGCCAGGAAAGAUGCCGUGCUCUCAGCUCGAGAGCUACAGAGGGCCAAUGAGAGAAUCACAGCACAGCUCAACUGCCUCUCUGAGAAACUGAGCAGCAGCAAGCAACUCACACAGAAGCUGAGCUCGGAGCUGGCGGGUGUGGAGCAGCAGAAGAAGGUCCUGGAGAUGGAGCUGGAGCAGUGGCGGCAGAGCACAUUCCCACAACACACCACGCAAUCGCCAGCAAACGUGGGGUGUACCUGCCGGGCCCUGGAGGCGGAGGUCAAACAACUGCAAGCCAAAGUCAAGAGUACAAGUGCGGAGGUCACGAGGCAGGUGGCGGCUAACAAAGCCCUGCGAGGCCAACUGCAGGAGAAGGAGGACAAGCUCCACCAGCUGCAGGACAAAGCCAGCCACGCCGAGCGAGACGCGGGCAUGAAAAAGCAGCUGGUGGACGACCUGAAGACCAGGCUGAAGUUCCUGCAAGAGAUGGAGAAGAGCUACCGUGGCCAAGUGGAGGAGCUGGAGAAGAAGGUCAAGUCUUUGUCAGAGGAAGCCUCCAACAGAAAGGCCUUCAUCGAGUCUCUAAAGAGGCGACUGAACGUGGCGACCAAAGAGAAAAGCCAGCACGAGGCGUCUUGUGCCAAACUGAAGGACGACCUGGAAAAAAAGGAGCAGAGAGUUCAUGCCCUCCAGGCUCGCGCGGCCGCCAGCGAUCAGGCUUUGGCCGCUCUGGAACACAGCGCCACUGAGCAAAUGGAGAGACUGACCGAGCAGAGCUCCCAAGCGUUGGACGGGCUUCAGAGGCAGCUCGGCCAGGCCUCCUCCCAGCUGGAGCAGCUUCACGCUUUCAUCAAGGCCCUGGCCGCUGAGAUAGUUGUGGAGGUGCACGAGGUCAAGCAGCAGCUGAUGAAGAGGAGGAGGUUGAGGCAGGCCGGCGCUGCUGCGGCUAAAGGCAACCCUUCAGCCAAGUCCAUGAUCAAAGCCAAGUCCAUCGCCGCCUCCAUCCUCAAUAUGUCGGAGAACGACCUGGCGGACAUAAUGGACUCGGACCAGGGGACAGAGACUCUUUCAGGGAUUCCGGGAGAUCAGGACUGGCUGGAUCAUCUCAACCACAUCCUCCAGCAGAAUGUCCCCUCUGCCGGCCAGCUCAUGGAGGCUUUGCGUGUGAAGAUGAAGGAGAGGAAGGUGCUGACAGAAGAGCUGGCCAUGCUGGCACACUGCAAAAACUGAAAUCUAAAACACUGACUUUUUGCAGUGCAGCAGCAGUCAGCUAAAAAAAGCCUGACUCCCCGGGCCGAGGCUGGGAAAACUGCCAUGCUCCUUCCCCACCCCCCAACCCUUAUCCCGACUCGGUGGGAACUCGGCCCGACUUGAAUGUUUUGGUGAAGCGCCUCGGACCCACGGCGGGCCGAGCUUUUGUAAUGAGCCCUCGACAUCUGUGUUGACGCUCGGGGUCUGUCGGAGAAAAGCCUUUUGGCGCCUCUCCUCCCAGUGAUGAAGCUAAUCUGUCACUUUUAUUGCCAUUUAUUUACUUUAAGGUGACCCAACACAGUCUUAAUAUUCAAGGUUUUGUACACUUUUAGGGGUUUACUCCAUCACAUAGACCUGAAAUUCCGUUGAGCAUUUAUAAGCAGCGGCGUCCGAAGUGAGCUCAUUUUUUAUUUUUUAUUCUAAAACCAAAAACAAGGAUAAAAAGAGCAUACAGAUGGGAUGUUACGUAAAAUAAAAGUUGCAUGUUUGACUCUUAAUAACACAAAGUUGUUUCUUUAAAGCUGUCAUUGCUCAAAAAUAAUAAUGAAUCAAAGCCAAUGCUAUGAAUUAUUGACCUAUUAAAGGCUCUAAUUACUUGACAUCAAAUAUUGAAGUUUGGGGGAAAAUAUUGUCAUAAAAAAUUUUUUUUUUAAAUGUAUGACAUAAAGGACAUUAAACAAGCAAACUAAAACACAUUUAAAAAUAUUUGGAAAAACUUAUAAUGGACAGGUAGAUCUUGAAGUUGAUAUAGAGAUUUAAGCAUUAAGUAAAAAAAAAAAAUAAUAAUAAUGCAUGACUUAUUUGUAACACUUUAAUGUGUGGGGCCCUUUUGGAUCCCUGAG